UUAAUCGAAGUGGGUGCGGCUUCACUACAUAUCACGAAGAAUAUAUAUUUUGCUUUCUUCAGACACCGGCUGCAAAGUCUGUUUUGUUUGUCGCAGUUUUAUAUUUUUUUUCAGCCUUGGAAAGAAAUCAUGAAAACUGUUUUGUCCGUGAUCGCUUUCUGCGUCUUCCUGGGGUUCAUAAACGCAAAAGAAUCUCCCCCCAAGGUGCAGGUGUACAGCCGUAACCCAGGGCAACAUGGGAAGGACAACACCCUGAUCUGUCACGUGAGUGGCUUCCACCCCCCUGACAUCAGCAUCCAGCUCCUGAAGAACGGCAUGGAGAUCCCCGACGCCAAGCAGACAGACCUGGCCUUCGAACAGGGAUGGCAGUUCCACCUCACCAAGAGUGUUGGAUUCACACCAGCCAGCGGAGAGGAGUACACCUGCAGAGUCCGUCACCUGAAGGAUCUGAAGACCUACACCUGGGAGGCAGAUAUGUAAGGAUCUGGAACAGGACAUAAUGGGGGCCAUUCCAUCUGUGACCAGCCCUACACUAGAUCUGAGAUGACUGUAAUUUUCCCUGCUCAACAUGGGCUUUCAUUUUCAUUUUUGAUAACACUUUGUGCCAAGGUGCCAGUUUCAAGGGUUUCGAGUUUUAGAGAAUCAUUACUAAAUACUUAAAUGAUUACAGUUGUGUGGGUGACCUCUUCUAGAAAAUCUGCCAGUACUUCUGGCUGAGAAUCCAAUGUGUGGGUGACCUCUUCUAGAAAAUCUGUCUGUACUUCUGGCUGAGAAUACAAUGUGUGGGUGACCACUUCUAGAAAAUCUGUCUGUACUUCUGGCUGAGAAUCCAAUGUGUGGGUGACCACUUCUAGAAAAUCUGUCUGUACUUCUGGCUGAGAAUCCAAUGUGUGGGUGACCACUUCUAGAAAAUCUGUCUGUACUUCUGGCUGAGAAUCCAAUGUGUGGGUGACCACUUCUAGAAAAUCUGUCUGUACUUCUGGCUGAGAAUCCAAUGUGUGGGUGACCACUUCUAGAAAAUCUGUCUGUACUUCUGGCUGAGAAUCCAAUGUGUGGGUGACCACUUCUAGAAAAUCUGUCUGUACUUCUGGCUGAGAAUCCAAUGUGUGGGUGACCACUUCUAGAAAAUCUGUCUGUACUUCUGGCUGAGAAUCCAAUGUGUGGGUGACCACUUCUAGAAAAUCUGUCUGUACUUCUGGCUGAGAAUCCAAUGUGUGGGUGACCACUUCUAGAAAAUCUGCCGGUAUUUCUGGCUGAGAAUCACGUUCUUUUCUAUAAAAACAAUAAUUAAUGAUGGAUCAAGUAUAUUCAUUAUAUAUUUUUUUAGACGUGUGGGGACUCCUUGUAGUCCUUUAAUAUCCUUGAAGUUGGUACCAUUAAGUUGUGAGCACUAUUUUUUUUUAAACAUCAUUUUAAACACCUUUUGUUGAUGUGGUUUUAGUUACAAGCACAAAUCGUCAACAAUGUAAAAUUUGAUUAAAAAUAUAUUUAAAAGCCCAAAUAAUUUGCAGAACAUCCAUUGUUGUAUUUGCUUAUAAACUAGAAAAGUCC